UUAGAUAUCUGAAACCUCGAACCAUUUUUUGAAUGAGAUAAAACAUGUAUAAAUAUGAUCCUUUUCUGUUGUUUAUUAGUAGAUAUAGGCUCACAAUGAAGUUGCUAGUAGUUCUAGUCUCACUCAUUACUCUUUGCACUGGCAGUGCAAUCCCCACGGUACCAGGGGAUAAUAGCCACUAUGUCGAGGGAGAAAGCCGUUACAUUUGGAUGCCGGAUGGUGAAGGCGUUCCACACCUAGUGGAUCUCGAGGCUCCAGUAUCAGACAUUGCAGCUGCUGCCAGAAACGGUGCUAAUAACCAAUAUUGGCUGUACACAAGAAAUAAUCCCACCAACCCUCAGGUGAUUGUACACGGAAAUGCAAACACCAUUUGGAGUUCAAAUUACGUUGCUAACCGACCGUUAAAAGUAAUCGUUCACGGUUGGAACAGCAAUGGGAACUCUGCAUUGAACCCGCUCAUCAGAGACGCUUACCUGGCCGUACAAGAUGCCAACGUUAUCGUUGUGGACUGGUCAAACCAUGCCAAUGGCCUUUACACUGCUGCUUACUUGGCUGUCCCUAGCGUUGGCCAGUUCCUUGGGAAUUUUAUAACCUGGCUCAUUGACACUGCUGGUGGUAACUGGAAUAACGUGCACUUCAUUGGGUUCAGUUUGGGCGCCCAUAUUGUUGGCAAUGCUGGACGACAGGCGGGUGGCAGACCUGCUCGUGUUACAGGUUUGGACCCAGCUGGACCUCUGUGGGGCGGGAACUCUAACGCUCUGAACAGUCAAGCUGGUCAGUAUGUGGAAGCCAUCCACACCGACGGUGGCUUGCUUGGAAUUUUCGACCAAAUAGCCGACAGUGACUUUUAUCCUAACGGUGGGAGAAACCCCCAACCUGGGUGUUGGAUCAGCACCUGCUCCCACAGCCGUGCUUACCAACUGUUCGCCGCCACGGUGCAGUUCAACCACCUAGCGGGCCGUCUGUGCAACAGUAUACAGCAAGCCCAGAAUGUACAGUGCUCCGGAAGUACACUCAAUAUGGGCAAUGGAAUAGUGACAAAGCGCGGAAUUGGAAUCUAUGGUUUGGCGACAAGCAAUAAUUGGCCUUAUUGAAUAAAUUUUGUUUUCUAA